CCACUGACUGAAAUCAUUUCUGCUCUGAUCGGCUACGAGCGCUCUUAAAAAGAAGAAAGAUAUCAGCUGUUUUUCUGUUUUAUCGUUUAACUUAUUGUCAUUAGGAAUAUCGAAUAUGGUCUGUGGCGGUUUCACGUGCUCCAAAAAUGCGCUGGCCUCCCUGAAUGUGGUUUAUAUGCUAGUGGGACUCCUGCUAGUCAUAGUAGCAGCAUGGGGCAAAGGGUUUGGCUUGGUAUCGAGUAUCCACAUCAUCGGAGGGGUCAUUGCAGUUGGCGUCUUCCUGUUGCUUAUUGCCAUUGUGGGUCUCAUUGGAGCAAUACACCAUCACCAAGUCAUGCUCUUCUUUUACAUGGUCAUUCUUUUUGUUGUUUUCCUGUUUCAAUUUGGAGUCUCCAGUUCUUGCUUGGCAAUGAAUCGUGGGCAGCAGGUGACACUGUUAAACUCUACUUGGGGAAUGUUGAACAACAAAACCAAGACGGACUUGGAGAAGCAACUGGACUGCUGUGGCCUGUUUAAUGUCACUGACAGCCAUGCACAGUUUGAUCAGGAUUUGCAAAACUGCCAAGCUUUAUGCAGAACGAAAGGUUACUGUUACACCUGUGGGGAUAAGAUGCUGCAACAUGCAACGGAAGCUCUGAAGAUCCUCGGGGGUGUGGGGCUUUUCUUCAGUUUUACAGAGAUCCUGGGAGUGUGGCUCGCUGUACGCUAUAGGAAUCAGAAGGAUCCACGAGCAAACCCAAGUGCUUUCCUAUAGUCUGUCCCACGCAGACAGCUGUAGCCACAGUUCCACACUGGUACACACAGAACCACGCUCAUUUAGAGGCACACACUCAGGCAUACGAACUGAGAGAAUCUCAACACCCUCACAUCAGACUUGAAGCACCAGUUAACUACAGCCACCUGUCAGCUGUCCACAUUCACCACAGCUCCAUCUGGAAGACCUGAAUACUUGUGUAUGAAAGGAUGACUUGGAAUACCAACAAGUCACACUUGUUGGUAUGGCGACCCAGCCUUGAUUUGAGUACCAGAUUUCCAGAUUGAGGCUUAUGUCACAAGCGAUGAGACAUCUCUGCAUGUGUCCCACGGCUGCACAGACAAACAACCUCUUUGUCGAUUGCCUUCCACCCACCAUGACUGUGUGUCAUGUACAACAAGCAACUCGUAUGCACCUUGAAUUUUUCCUGUCAUCUGAUGUAGUGCUGCUGUUUACGACAUGUACAUUAGCCUGGUCAGUGCUGUCAGUGACGUGUAGAGCUGUUUACUCGUAACAUGUCAGUCAGGAGGUUCUUACUGGAUGUGGUGUGAAGUCAUUUUUGAAAAGUCUGUCCUUUUACUUGUCGGGAUGUAAUGAGUUUAGCAAGUAGGAAUAGAUUUUGGUUAAGGUAGCUGCUAGUCAAUGGGGUUCAAAUAUUUAUGAACCGAAACUGAGCCACGUCACCUUUGAACAGUCACAGUUGGAGUGCUGAUGGACUGCAGCCUUGAUGUUGUACAUAGAUUUCCUCAGUGGGUUUGCCAUUUUUUUGCCCCUUCAGUGGGGCUUUGCCUGCCUAGAUGAUGGUGUUGGUCUCUGAAGGCCUCAAUAAUACACCCUCUCUGUAUUUAAUGUUGCUCUGUGUUGCACAGUGACGUUUAUUAUAGAUUCCAGUAGUUUAUGUACCAUUACCUCCUACUUAACUGGAAGAAACAUGAAUUUUUUUUAAAAGUGGUUUAGAUUUGGCCAAAUGCAAGCUUAAUAUGUUGGAUUUUUGUGUUUUUAAUUUCAGUGUUGAUUGUGUAAAUAUGCUCAGUGUUUUGCAAUUCAUUUCUAAAUGAACUUUUAAUGACUAUAAAUUCGUGCAGUUAUGUUGGCACGUUGUGCUCUGUAUUCUGAUUAAUUAUUUCAGUUUAACAGGUAAAUGCUUUGUAAAAACUUGUUUAUCUUUUUGGGUUCUAUUUAAGUUAAACUUGAUGCACAAUAGGCAAAAGUGUUGUAGUUGACGUGUUUAUUCUCAAACAUAAAAUUCACUGCUCUUUCACCAUCUUUUCAGUCGCUUUUAACUUAAAAAGAAAAACUAAUUAUGUCUUACUUGAAGUUGUCAUCGACGCUGAUGCAGAUUCCCUGCAGCUGGUUUGGAGUUAUCGCUGGUGUAAACAAAUAUUCUCACUGGUCGUAAAAUAUUAUGCCAUAUAUAAAUACAUGAUACACUUUGAAUCUGUGUGACCUUCUUACUCAAGUGUGUCCUGGAUUUUGAGAGAUCAUUUUCCGAAUAAUAAAACCUGAAAUCGCGGUGUG